AUGAAAAUGAAGAUUUAUAUGUAAAGGGAAGAGCUUGAGAAGGCAUGGUAAUCGACAAAUAGUUUAGAAGUUGCUUGAGAAGGCACUUGAAUGAAGAACUGCUUGGCAAAGUCUGAGAAUGGUCUCACAGUAUUGCGAUUGAAGAAACCAAAGAUGUCACUUACAGUACAUUACCUUGAUAAUUAUACCUAUGAUUAUUAUGAUGAUAAUUAUGAUUAUUCUCCCUUAUGUGAAAUUAAUGAAGCUAUCUAUUUUGGAGAAAUUUUUACACAAGUCUUGUACAGCCUUAUCUUUAUUUUCACCUUGAUUGGGAAUAUCUUAGUUUUGUGGAUCCUGAUAAGAUACGAGAAGACAAAAACUAUAACAGACAUCUUUAUUUUGAACCUGGUUGCCUCUGAUCUGAUUUUUGGCUGCUCACUUCCAUUCUGGACUGUGGAUCACACACAUGGAUGGAUCUUCGGCAAGGCCAUGUGCAAGAUAAUGAGUUCAAUUUUCUUCAUCAGCUACUACAGUGGGAUCCUACUGCUGACAUUGAUGACUAUAGACAGAUACCUUGUGGUUGUUUACCCUCUGUUUGCUGUAAGAAGCAGGCGGCUCUGCUACGGUGUGGUGGCCUGCUUGGUAGUUUGGUGCAUUAGCUUCUUAGCCACAAUCCCAGAAAUGAUCUUUUCUGAUGUCUUAGUUAAAUGGGAUGAAAGUUUAGCAUGUGAAAGUAUAUAUCCAAUGGAAAGUGAGCAAAUGUGGCAAGGGAUGCAAUGUUUUCAACAAAACCUUUUGUUCUUUUUGAUCCCCUUUGUUGUUAUUGUGUAUUGCUACUCCAGGAUUCUUAACACUGUUGUUAAAUGCAGAGCCCGCAAGAAAUUCAAAACAGUGAAGGUCAUCUUCUGCAUUGUGACAGUGUUUUUUGUUUGUUGGGCGCCAUACAAUGUGGUCAUCUUCUUGCUGUCUUUGUCUGAUCUCAAUAUCCUAACGGUUGUUUCGUGUGACGUCAGGAGCCAUCUGAUUUUUGCAUUUUACAUUUGUCGGGACAUCGCUUAUUUCCACUGCUGUCUAAAUCCUUUCUUUUAUGCUUUGGUGGGAACAAAGUUCAGGAAACAUUUAAAGAAAGUAAUAUACAUAUAUUUUCCUUUCCAGAAUUUCAAUAGGCAAUCCAAGCACAGUCUCAGAAGUCGUUAUUUGAGCAGUUCAUAUGAGCAUUCUAAUUCUUCUGGUUUUAACACUAUCUAAUUCCUAACUUGUUAAGAAGCCAGUGAAAGAUAGAAUUGGUUAUUUACAGAAUAUUUUAAAUGGUCAUUUACAGUGAAAUGAUCCAUUUACUACUUAUCAGUCUAACCACUUUUAUCUAAGCUUCCCAGUUAUAGUAAGAUAAUUUCUGAUGGAUGUAAUGACACAGAAUUAAUCUAACUAAUUAAAAGUAAGACAGAUUGAAUUCAGCCAUUCAUUCUGUGAGUUACAUUCACUCUGGCUAUAUAUAGGGUCAAAUCCAUUGCAUUUCAAGAAGCGUCCAUUCCUUUACAUUGUGAAAUAUAUUCACAGCAACUGCCAUGUAUAUAGGUUGAGUACAGAGCUUACUUGGAUGGGUCAGCCUUGCAACAGCAUAUUUCUUUCUGAGUAAAAUAGCCAAAAGUUCUAGUUUCACUCCAGACAUGAGCACACAAUCCAUGUUGAUUCUCUGUACAACACUCCAGGGUAGUGCGGUACAGAGUUGCCCUGCUCUAUCAGAGAUGUCAGUCUUUGCAAGAGAUGCCAGUCCAAGUCCACCUAUCAUCUCAGAUGGCCAAAGCAAGCAGCAGUCCAAUGCCUAUCUUUCAAACGUGAUUAAAGCUAAUUGCUUAUGCAUAUGCCUCAUUGCAGCUUGCCAGAACUUGCUAACGUAAUUUUACUGGCAUGCUGUACAACAACACAUAAAAGGGUGUGCAAAACCCUUGUUUCCUGAAGGGUGCAAUAUAAAUGCAUGUCUUAUAGAGUAUCAACAUUGUUGAAUCAGAGUCAGUCAGCAUGAAAAUGGGCCAUCUGGACCAGCAAGGCCACGCUGACUGGGGGACUCAUCUAUAUUCAUCCAAAUUUCCAGAAUUUGGCCAUUGCCUCUAUGCUGCAGCUAUUCAAGUGCUUGUCUAGAUCCUUCUUAAAUGCUGUUAGCAAUUCUGUUUCUCCCACUCUCUUUGAGUAAAAGUAUUCCCCUCAGAUCCCCUCUGAACCCCUUAUGCUUAAGCCUAAAUCUAUGUCCACUAGUUUUAUCUGUAUCUGAUAAGGGGAAUAUUUUUGUGCAGUUCCACCCUAUGGUUAGCCCCCUUCAGUUUAUAUACUGUAGCACUGUUUCCUCUAAGCUGCAUAGUAGCUGAAAUGCUCCCGUGUAUGUAAAUUUUGUUGCUGGGCAGCUGGAAUUUUCUUUUAUAUAAUGUUAAUAUAAUUUUGAAAUCUAUGUUAAUAUGAUUGUGAAAAACCCUGUAAUUAAUUAAUUAUGUAUUAAUCAAAGCAAUACAUACAUUUUCUAAAUUAUGUGUAUCACAACCUGUACUUUGAUACAAUUUAGAACUUCAACCUAUUUACAUUGUCAGUAUUUCAAGUUACAACACAGUUACAAAUUGUGCCAAUAAGCACAGAAUGGAAGUUAGUAGCCAGCCUGCUGAACACCGAUGCCAUCUCGUCAAAACAUUUUAUUUUUGCCACAGUGCCGGUCAGUUGGUUUGACUGCCUGACCUCAUUUACUUGUGUUGUGAGUUGUGAUUUGUGUUUCUUGAUGUGCAUAUUAGAAAUAAAAACAUAUAAAUUGCCAUGCAGUUUUCAGGCCUUGAAAGAAUUUUCUGCCCAGCGUAAAGGUAGUCUGCGCAGCUGUAAAAAAAAAUUAGAAGGAAAAUUGUACCCCUGUUAAUUCCCCCUUUUAACAUCCUCUGAUUCAGGGAAAACUGUCCUCGCCUCUCUUGUCUGUCUUUGUAACUGGAUCACUUCAUGUUGGCAAUGUCGCAGUAAAUCUCCUCUGUAACUCCAUCAAAAUCUUUCUAUAGUCUGUUGACCAGUACUACAUGAAGUCCUCCAGCUGAUGUCUGACCAAUAUCUUUUAAACUCAAUGAUUUCAGUGAAAGGAAUGAAAGAUAAGCAAGGAGAGAAAGAAAUAGACAGAACAGCCAGACUGAGAAGAAUAUAAAGAAUGUAGAGAAUCCAUUGCAAAGAGAGGGAAGAAAGAAGCAAUGAACAGAUUAAUGUUUUGAUACUAGUCUCUGCAGUAACAUUAAAAAAAAUCCAAAGAUAAA